GUUCGAGGCGUGACUGGCAGCGUGGCUGGCAGUCAGUCGGGCCUCUGACGGCGUCGUGAGAGUGUCUCCGUGGUGUGCGCGCUGGAUCCAACGUUACGGCGACAGAGGACGGUCCGGGUACGGCGGUGUGUGAUACCACGGUGUGUGAGCGGUCCACUUAGUGCUGAGAUAGUGUGUGAGGCACGACAGCCGGCUGACCGACCGUUAGAUAUACGGUGACUCAGUGAUUUCAACGCUCCUGACCUGAGUCCGUGACCGGAGUCGACCCCCGACUUUCAGCCAUGGUGCUCACCAAACUGGUGCAGCCGGUGGUGGGGGCCGUGCUGCGCCGCUGGCGGUCUCUGCUGCUGCUGCUGGCGGCGCUCAGCCUACUGCUGCUGCUCUACCUGCAGACGGGCCUGCACUCGCCGCACCAGCUGCAGGAGGCGCGCCGGCUGCCGGCCGAGCAGCCGCCGCCCGCCGUGCCGCUACUCUACAACGAGGACGGCACGCGCCGAGUGCACCCCAACGACCCGCCGGCAGCGCCCCUGGCGGACAUGCUGCGCAACUCGGCGGCGCUGGCGGCCGACGGGCCGCCGGGAGCGGGCGGCGAGCAGCUCCCGCUGGCCGGGGAGCGGCUCCCCCCGGCAGAGGAUCCCGUACCGCCAGAGCACGGGCCGCCGCCGGAGGGAGAGAUGCUGCCGGACGUGCCGCUGGAUCGGGCGCGGGUGGAGGAACUGCACCAGGAGCGUCAGCUGCAGCACAUCGGACGACAGCCGCGCACACCGUACGUCCCGCGACGGCGCGUCAUCCACUUUGACCUGAAGGGCGCUCCGCCGACCGUUCCCUACCUACUCAAAGUGUUUGCCAUCGUGAAGAAGCUGGGCGCUACGGAUGUUAUGAUGGAGUGGGAGGACAUGUUCCCGUUCUCGGGCGCACUGCGUCCGGCCGCCGCAGGCAACCACUACAGUCGCGCCGAGGUGCGACAGAUCAUCGCUGAGGCAAAACGGCUCGGUCUGGGAGUUAUCCCUCUGGUGCAGACGUUCGGUCACCUGGAGCUGUUUCUCAAACUGGAGCAGUUUUCCCACCUGCGAGAGUCGCCACCGCACCCGGAGGCGCUCUGUCCGUCCCGGAACGCCUCGCGUCGACUGGUGGAAACCAUCAUCGACCAAGUGAUGGAGCUCCAUGCCGGAGCUGCCGAGCUACAUGUCGGCUGUGACGAGGUCUACCACAUGGGCGUGUGCGAUCUGUGCCAGCGCCGGCUCCGGGACGAGCUUUUCCUGGAGCACGUGGCGUACGUGGCGCGGUACGUGCGCCGCCGGUACGGGGCCACGCCGCUGAUCUGGGACGACAUGAUGCGUCACAUUCCGGCCGAUACGCUGCGCCGCUCCGGUAUCGGCGAGCUGGUGGAGCCGAUGGUCUGGGUGUACGCCGAGGACGUGGACCGGUUUGCCGGUCCGCACGUGUACAGCACCUUCUCGGAAGUGUUUCCGCGCGCGUGGACGGCCGCCGCGUACAAGGGCGCGUUCGGCGAGACGCUGAUUCUGCCGCCGCUGCAGCGCCACCUGGACAACACGCUCAACUGGCUGGCCACCAUGCGGCGCGAGUCGGAUCGCUUCUCAGACGGGUUCGCCGGCAUGGUCAUCUGCGGGUGGCAGCGGUACGAUCACAUGGCUGUCCUGGCUGAGCUGCUGCCGGCUGGCAUUCCCUCUCUGGCUAUUGACCUGGCUACCGCGACACACGGCUAUUACAACCAGUCGCUGCAAGAACCGAUCAGGAACGCUCUUCGCUGCGGGAACUCGGGAGUCGGGGGCGACUCUGAACCGUUUCUGCAGCUGUCCGAUGACCCGGAAGGUCUGUACCAGUUCUCACAAUGCCGCUUUCCCGGUGUCAAGUUUUUCAAACUGCUGGGACGCUACAAGGCGACUAUAGCACAGACUGAGGAGUUCCUGAAAACGGCCACCGAGAGCAAGGGCUGGCUGACGGAGUACAAUGUGGAGCGCAACUACUCCAACCCGUUCCGUGUGGACGAGCUAACUGAGAUGUACUACAGCCACAAGCACAUGCUGAGCGCGAUGGUGGGCUCGGUGAAAUCUGCUCUGACCGGCGUGGUGGACCGCUACACCAUUGCGGAGUGGGUGGAGCAGAAACUGUGGCCCUACCUGCGCCGGCUGGAGCGUCUGCAGGAGCAGGCGGACGCGCUCAAACGCCGCUCAGUGUGGCCACGCCGGCCGCUGCCCAUGCUGCAGGCACUCGCCCAGUACGGUCUGAACGUUACUGAGACCAAGGACCGGCCGCAGAAGGCCGAGGGGGUCAAGGCGGCGGCCGGGCCGCGCGCCGGCGCUCGACCGGCCGGGCUGGCCGUGGAGGGCGGCCGAGCUGUCUAAAAACACUGGGAGGAGAAGCGUACCCAGUUGAUGCUCUAGCCUGGUCACCGUGGAUCAGGGCACACCGCCACCCCAGACACGAAAAAGAAAGCGCUGGCCGUGUUGUGGCACGGAUCUCUCUCGCCGACUUAUGUCCGGUGACAAAUAGCUUGAUGACAACUCGAUAAGAGACCCAGCAGUGGAUAUGAGAUUAUAUUCACGUUGGGAUAGCUGAGAUGAACGGAGGUCACAUGUCAGUCGUCUCCGGUGGGUAGGUGGCGCUUGUUUGCUGGCCCUGCUGGUGAGAAGGUAGUGGCGCAGUUGAUUCUGAAGAUGGGCAGCCAGUGUGUCGUGCUGGGCUCAGCAGAGCGCUCGGUGAUGGAGCAGCGGGAGUGUUACUCGUUAGUCGUUACCUCCUCCAACCACCAGCUACCUGGCUCAGCAGCGGGAGCAUACCGAGCGGACGGCUGCAUUCCGUGAGACUACUUCAGUGGACGGGUCCGAACUACUAGAUACUACCAGUUCGGUCUGCCCACCCGGGAGCGUCCGAGUCUACGGGUCCCGUCUUCCAGACUGUAUCAGUCUACGGGUUCUAUCUUCGAGGCUGUAUCAGUCAACUGGGCUCCAUUCCUCUGCUGACUGUAUCAGUCGUCUGGCUCCAUUCCUCGAGACUGUAUCAGUCGCUGGGUCGUCCACAGGAUUGGUACGUGCCCUGAGCUAUAGCAGCUCGGAGUUCCGCUACAUGGAACGUAGUGGUGGUGGACAAACGGUGGUUGGCCAGCGUAGGAAAUGGGAGCUUCGUGUUUCAGGACGCACUGAGGAGACUGGGGUAGUGAGAUGUUGCCGAUUCGCUAACCAAAGACGCUGUAAGCUUUCUCUGGUCGCUGUUGCUCUCCAUGUCACUUCCUGUCGAGCCUAUUGGCUACUGCUUGGGAAGUUUUUAUUGCAUAUUUGACGCUUUGUCAGUGAAGUUCACAAUUGUGCUUAAAUGUAUCAUUGUUCAUCGUCCAGUCAAUAUUGUGUUGAAACUGUGCGCUGCCCCGAUUAUGUAGCGUACUAUCGACUCUCUUGCCGGUAUGUUCUUUUUACAUUGAGCGUCCAUCGUAAUGUAUCUUUGAAUGUCGCCACAUUGGGAUGACGCCGGGAAGACAGGAUGUCGAUGGUCUGACUGCACGGCACAAUCAAGCGUGCCUUGGCUGCCCGAUCGGACCAGCAAAGGGACACUGGUAUCGGUCAGGAAAUGCUGAUGCUGGUCAGGGCACGCUUGUGUUGAGACGAGACGUUGGCCUCGUCCAGGAAUCGCUAGUUACGCCCAAGAGACGAUGGCAACGGCCAGCAGCUGGCCGCUAAGGUGAUCCUCUGCUGGCGAUGAUGAGCUAGUACCGCUUAGGAGACGCGUUUGCUGGCCAGGAAACGCCGGUAUCAGUGGAGACGCUGGUUAGAGGAAGACCGACUAGGAGACGUUGAUGGUUGAAGGAACUCGCGUUGCUCGACACAACGCUACAUUUACACCAGAGUGCUGGCUAAUGUCAUUCUCUGGUUAGCCACUAGCGUUCGGGGGUUUCACCCCGGCUGCCAAAAAGUGGUGUUUGGUUCCUUGCAGGAUGGCCACGGUGGGUCUUCGCUGCUUGGUAAAGCUUGUUUUGUGUCGUGCCGGUCCGGUCCCGAAGUUGAGCGCAGCUGUUGCUUUUUGUCGUACCUUAUUGUGCAGGUCGUGGGUAAGGAAGUGAUUCAUCAUUUUGUAGCUCUGUUUAGUGAAGGGAAGUUGAGAUGCUAUCAUGUCUUAUUUCGCUGUGUGCUAGGGAAUGUUUCUUAUGUGUCAUUUUCGUCUAUCUUUUUCGGUACCUUGAAUAUGAUGGCUGCUAUUGUGCGAAAGAUGUUCACCGAGACUGCUAGCUCACGGAUAGCUGUUCCGAUGACUUGCUAGCUUUCGUCUGCUGUUAUGUGUUUCGGCUUAUUUUGCAUGACUGCAUGAAGUUCUCAUAGUAUGUUAGCCACUCUAGUUUUGUCAUCGGCGCGGGUAAUAGCCAUUGACCAUUUUGUUGGCCUGCUCGGAACUUUUGUGGGGCGCGGGCUGGUAAUCACCUCAACGAGAAUGAGAGCCACCGAUGGCGGCGCUGCCAACAGCCGAUGGGUGCCGCUGUCUCGGGUGUCUCCGAUUCAGUUGGGCCGCUCCACUGACCUGGGUCAGAGUGUGACGCUAAAGAAUGUAUGGUGUGUGGCAGGACGCCGUUUACUGUUAGAGAUUCACUUGGGAUGAGGGUAAUAGUGGCCACUCUGCGAGAUUGUGUAGCAGUUAUACCGUUAGAUAGUGAUGUUCAUUAGUGUGAAUGGCGUUACUCGGCGCUACUUUGCUAGUUCCGGAAAUCAUCAUUUUUGCAACCCAAUGGAAGCCUUUCCAAAUGUUUUACCCGCAUGACAAGCGACGUUCGCAUGGCCUCAGAUUACCUAUAGACACUGUACGACUUUUUAUUCAACGAACCAUGCUCAUCGGAUAUUCGGCACUAAUAAAAUGUGUACGAAGAG